UUUUUAAUCUGGUUGACAGCGCGCAUGCGCCUGAGAGGACGGACGGGUCUGUUCGGUGAAGGCGAAUCAUUCUCGGAGUUUGAGGGAUCACACAUAUUUCCAUUUAUUUUAUUGAGCAUAUGUGGCAGGCAGUCACGAAACAAAGGAAACCAUGGAAGCCACUUACAGAAAAAAAUCAAACCCCACCCUACCAGCAUCCUGAACACCACCAAGACCAAGACUGAUUGCCAAGAACAGACAGAGAUGGAGGACUUUCAUUGCUGCCCUAAACACUGGCAGUGUAAUGGGCUGAGUUAAACAACCCUAGCAACACCCCUGCGGAGAGUGGAGGAACUGGUGCACUCAGCAAGACCACACAGUCAAGGAGAGGAUGUGCAAACAUUUCCCAGUUAGCAGCCGAUGUCAGGACUGAACCUACAUCUCUGCAGAGGGUAUGGAUCAGCCAUCAGGGUCUAAUCAACCCCAGCCACUACUUGAUGAUAACGGCAGCUUAAGUUUUGAAAUUACUGAUGUUGAAGGCGAAUGUCAGAAUGAUAGCUGUCAUCUUGAUUCAGAAUCAAUUUGCCAAGCAAAAGAAGAGUUAGAAAGAUGGCAGAAGAAACUAGACAAACUGGACAAGGAAAAGGUAGAGCUAACUCUUCAAAAGUUGGAUGCAGAUGAGAAGAAAAACAAGGCUGAAAAUGAGCUAAAAAUUGAACAGGAAAAUAGCAAACACAAUCGUCAGAAGGCAGAGCAAUCCAUUAAGGAGAUGAUCCACAACAAGAUGCAAAAAUAUGACAAACUAAAAGCUGAGCUAGUUCAACUUGAAAAUGAGCUUCAACUUAAGCAAGAUCUGUGUGACUCUCUUUGCGAUAAGUUCAAGUUUAAGAUUAAGUUACCACAGAUGGACAUGAAGUUUGUCAAGUCCAAACAAAAUGUGCCAGUAGAUCAAGAGACGGAUGAGUUCCUGUAUACAAAAGGCAUCUAUACCAUCAUUCCGAAAAUGUCAGUGCUCCUUCAGAAUGGACAGGCCUUAAUCACAUUUGAAGAGGAGCAAGUUGCACACAGGAUUCAAAGAAUAGGCAGACAUCAUGUAGACCUCCAGUCUGAAAAAAUACAAGUAAAUGCUUAUCCAGUCAAACUGGAUGCAACACAGCAUUUUCAGAUACAUCUUGAUAUCUCCAUGAAUAAAGUCAGGGUUUCUGAAAUCCCGGAUAUUAUUCCAGAGGAACAGAUGAGGGAUAAGUUGGAAAUAAGCUUUUCAAAGCCGAGUCUAGGUGGAGGGGAGGUGGAGAGUAUCAAUUACUUCAUCUCUUCUGGAACUGCAGAGAUCACAUUCGUGGACAAAUGGGUUGCUCGGCGUGUCACAGAACUGAAGAAAUAUCCACUUCUGAUAAAUGGGCAAGUAUAUUGUAUGCUGACUGUGGAAUCAAUAACGAACAGUUACUUGCAGAAAUUUCAGAAAUUUAAUGGUGUUUGCAAGAGAACGCUGCUGCUAUCUGAUAUCAAGAGCACAAUGGAGGAAGAAGAAUUACAAGACAAGCUUAAGAUCCAUUUUCAGAAACCAAGCAAACAGGGUGGUGAAGUUGAGGAUAUAAAUUAUGUCCCAAAAGACAAACAUCGCCUGGUGUACUUAGAAGAGGAUUCUUCAGAAAAGUGAUAUUCAGUUUUUAGCAAAUGCACUGGUCUUCUUAAGUAAUUGGUCUCUUUUAUUGCACCACCGUUUUGCCAAUGCUAUAACAAAACAUUUUAUCAGGGCUAACUGGUAGCCUUGAUAAGUCUUCUCUUACCAUUUUUGUUUUCUUCUGAGACAGUUUUAUUCUUUAUGUAUAACUGUGAUAAUGCAUUUAUCUUCUGUAAAUAUGUGUGUGUGUUAUACUUCAAUAUGCAAUAAAAUACUGGAAUCCAGUUGUACAUCUGGAAAAAUAAUUUAAUACUCAUGUUCUUUAACUUUGACAAAACUAAUCAAUUUGUAGCAGAAACUAAUUCAUUGGAUUAAUAUAAAACUGUUUCUUAAACAUAGAGACAUAUUGUGUAUUUACAUUGCUGUAUCAACCCUUAAUACCAGUAAAGUAUAUUUUAAUUUGAUUUUGUUAUGUUUCGUAACUUCAAAACAUUAAAAUAAUUCAAAGGACAACAUGGGAGUCUGAAA